AUGGAGAGUAAGACGGGGCCAGAGGAAGGCGGCAGCACCGCAGGAUCCUGGAUCUUAGUUGUGAGCCCAGGUCUUCACGAGGGAGGGGCCCUGGGGCCUACCAGCCUGGUGGGGGCGGCAGAGGUGAUGCAGGCCCCAGGUGGAGAACCAGGCGAGGAGUCCGCCUUCUUCUGGGUGGAGGUAGUUGAGGAAGGUGCGGCCCUGGAGGAGGGAGAGGUGGUGGGAAUCAGGCAGGAGUUCCAGCUGUUGGUGUUAGUCAUGGAGGAGGUGGAGUUGGUGGUGUACGAGGAUCAGGAACAGGUGUCCUUGGAGGAACAGGGCCAGGAACAUCCAAGGCCCAGAGCCCCGAGUGACCGCUCUGCACUGGAGGUGCUGGUGGCCCUGCAGGUGGAGUUGGAUCCCAUGAAUAAGAAAGCCCAAAGGGCGUGUGCUCACCUGAAACAUAACAACUGUCAGAGGCUGAAGCUGCAUCUACAACAAGGAAGCACCGUCAUCCAGGGAAUCCCUGCAGUUUAUGAACCACCCCAAAUAUCAGUUACGAUGAGGAACCAAGACGCAGACAUGAUUCACUUCAUGACCAACUUGAAGGUGGAGGAAUACAGGCAUCCCACUCAUCACUGCAAGAUCACAUUGUCCUUUCAGAGGAAUAGAUAUUUCCAGAAUGAAAUGAUUGUUAAGGAGUAUCUGAUUAGUGUCACUGGUAAGACAUCUCAUUCCACUCCAGUUCAGUGGUACCAGGGGUUUGAACGUAAAGCAUACAGCCGCAGGCAACACAACAGCAGCAUUAACUUCUUCAACUUGUUCUUUGAUCAAAACAUCACAGGAUCUGACUGGAUUGCUGAGAUCAUCAUAAAGGAUCUGUGGCCCAAUCCUUUGCAGUACUAUGUGACAAGGAAGGCUCUACCACGAGAGGUACUGGGAGGACGAGAGGUACUGGGAGGACAAGAGGGCUAUGCCGCUACUCUGUUCGAGGGCCAAUGGGAACUCCUGGAGUAUAUGGAGCUCACUGAGGGACUGGUCAGCACUGAGGGUGGUCCUUCUGAAGUAGAUGACUGCUUUCCAGAAUUGCGUCCACCUCUGGAUUGGGCAAAGGACAGACUGGCACAAAUGGGAUACCAUGGUUCCAACGUGGACAUGCCUGAGGGUGAUGACCCACAUGAAGUUCCGUCCUGCAUGAAGUUCUCACUCUACAACAUUUCUCCCUGA